AUGACUAAGGGCGCCAAGCAGGAUGACGUGCACCAUAAUGGCAGUGCGGUGUCCGUUUUGGCAGUGUCCUGCGGCAUCCUCUUAGCCGGGCGUCUGUCUUUGGAGACCUUGAUGUGGAUGGGCUGCAUCUCCAUCUCCAGAAAGACGGCUUUGACGCUCGCGGCCUUGGCCUCCCUCAGCUAUGUAAUUUGUGGUCCAGUGCUACAGAAAACGCCGCUCACCAAUCGACUCGGGCACUUGCUAGUGGAACGUGUCUUGAAUGCCCGGCAGAACUGGGAGAUGGACACCCUUCGAAGCUUCUGCGAAGUUUCCAUUUGGCUCUUGGUGGUGUGGUCCACCUAUGUCGGCACAGGUGGAUGCUUUGGCUUGAUUGCCGCCCUGACCCUGGGCACUGCUGCAGGUGCAGCACUUGUCGUGCUAGGAGAGUUGCUCCAACAGCCUCUGCGGAACCUCGAGAGGGCGCUGAAAGAGUCCUCCACCGGAAGACAUAUGAAGGGCCGCCUGGAGGAAGAGACCUUCGUCAGCGGAAACAUCGUCCUGCUGGUCUUGUUGGGUCCCUCCGCUAUGGGCACCAUCUAUGAGAACUGUAGCGACCUGAUGGUCCUCGCCAGCAUUCUGGUGCUGGGCGGCGCCACGAUCCUCGCAGCGGCACGCUUGUGCCAGGCGUGGACACCCACUCGUCACUUGGGUACCAUUCUCCAGGCUCGUAUCCUGAACACUUGGGAGAACUGGAGAACGCAGCCUGCAAGAUCUGCUUUGGAAUCGACAUUUUUCACAGCUGUGGUCAUGGGAGUUUAUGAACUCCACGGUGAUCCUUUGUUUGCCUUACAGACAGGCUUUCUCUCCGGGAUGUCCAUCGUGAUCGCGAACGAAGUCUUCGCGCAUGGCAUUAAUUUCGAUAUCAAGGCAGACUCGCGCACAGAAGACAUGAGCGUUCGUCCAGUGAUUUUGGGCUAUGUGAGCUUCAUGAUGUUGGUGUGUGUCUACGCACAGGGCCACCAAGCCGUUAACAGCGCGGCGUUGUCGGUGAUCAUCAACAGCCUGUUGUGGGUGAUGAUCGGCCGAUUCUCCGUGACCACGGGAAUCUUCCGCGAACUAGGCACAGUCAUCAACAAGAGGGCGCUGGAAGCCUCGGAGAAUUGGACCAAGUACCCGGCCCGCUCGGCGGGCGAAUGCAGCGCCUGGCUUUGCGGACAGUAUGUGGGCUAUUGCUUGGACUCCACCUUGGCAGGUGCUUUGUUGGGAACUGCCGUGGGUGUUUCUGCCGUCCUUUGUUCAGAAGCUGUCCAUGCUCUGUACCGCGAGCCUUCGGCACAAAAAGUCAAAGAUAAGGUGACAGGAUCCGCCCAAAGUCGUUGGACUUGGGAGGAGGUUGAAAGACACAGCACAGCGGAUGAUGCGUGGUUAGUCAUCGAUGGGCGUGUCUAUGACGUCACAGACUUUGCUGUCAGCCAUCCAGGUGGACCCAUCAUUUACAAGUUUGCCGGUGUGGAUGCCAGCGAUCAGUUCGCGGCCUUCCACAGACCGCGGGUCUAUGGACGGCUGCCGCAGUUUCUCGUUGGAGAGGUGAUUGAGGAUGAAGGCCAUUUGCCAAGCAAGGCCACGGCAGAGUAUAGAGCUUUGAGGAAACGACUUUGGCGCGACGGUUGGUUCAAGGCUGAUCCCAACUUCUACGUUGGUGCUGGUGGAGUGUUCUCCCUCUUUCUGGUGGUGGUGGUUUUGGCCCUGGCCUCUGGAAUUCCAAGAAGCAUGUAG